UUUUUUUUGCCCCUCCAACCCACCCUAUAUAAAGCUUAAUUAAAAAGAAUUGAAACAAAAGAAACCGAAACGAAAUAUCUGAGAUCUCUUCUCCUUGUUUGCGGUGAGGAAGAUGGGAGAGAAAAACAAGGCGAGGGAGACGACGACGAUGGAUCGGGUGAAGUGGAUGGUGGGAUUGGGGUUCUGGGUGCAGGGAUUCCGGUGCUUCCCGUGGCUGGGCAUCAACUUCUACCUCAAGGAUGGGCUGGGCGUCCCCGCCUCCGCCCUCCAGAUCCUCCAGAACUCGGCAAAUCUCCCCAUGGUCGCCAAGCCCCUCUACGGCCUCCUCUCCGACGCCGUCGCCAUCCGCGGCCAGCGCCGCCUCCCCUACGUCGCCCUCGGCGCUCUGUUGCAGGCAGUCUCAUGGUUAGCAAUCGUCCUUCUCCCCGAGACCAUGUCCAUUGCCUUUCUCACGCUCUUCCUCCUCCUAGGGAACCUUGGUGCAUCUAUAGCUGAGGUUGCGAAUGAUGCCAUCGUUACUGAGGCUGGCAAGCAAUUGCAGUCUCCAUCUAUGUCAGGCCAACUGCAGUCUUUUGCAAUGAUGUCUUUUGCCUCUGCUGGUGCCCUUGGCAAUCUCCUUGGCGGGAUUGCUAUCAACUUGCUCUCUCCCAGAACCAUGUUCCUCCUUUUUGCCCUCCUCCUGCUUCUCCAGUUCUUCACAACUGUUGCUGUCCCUGAGAGCUCCCUCAACCUCCCCAAGAAGGCAGGCAAUUCAUCAAAAUCUUCUAGCAUCCGUAAACAGCUCUCAGAGCUAAAGAUUGCUUUACGGAAGCCAGAGAUCUCCCGCUCAAUUGUGUGGUUCUCAGCAUCCUACGCCGUGGUCCCGCUGUUAAUUGGCACCAUGUUCUUCUACCAGACCCAGCAUUUGAACCUCGACCCAUCAGUCAUUGGCUUCUCCAAGGUCUUUGGACAGGCUGCAUUGAUGGCUUGGAGUGUGGCCUAUAAUAAACAGUUCAAAAAGACCCCUGCGAGGAAAGUCUUGUCGAUGCUGCAGGUUACCAUAGCUCUCUUAAUGGUGUCUGAUGUGUUGUUUGUAAAGGGGAUUUACCGGGACAUGGGAGUGUCAGACUCAGUGUAUGUGGUGAUCUUCUCGGGCUUACUAGAAGCUUUGUUUCAGUUUAAGGGACUGCCAUUUACUGUUCUUAUGGCACAGUUGUGCCCGGCUGGGUGCGAGGGCUCUGUUAUGGCAUUCCUAAUGUCAGCAUUGGCUCUUGCAAUUAUUGUCAGUGGUUACCUUGGGGUUGCACUUGCUGCAUUCAUGGGUAUAACAGGGACCGACUUCUCGGGGCUCACUGUUGGAAUCUUGAUACAGGCAGCAUGCACAUUGCUGCCUCUCUGCUGGUCGUCAUGGAUCCCGGAUACUGGCCGACCUGAGAAGAAAGAAGAAUAGCUUGCAUGGCGCAUGGGGUAAACAGAGCUAAUUAUUCUUUUCAAUUGUUGGGUGUCGAAGUGUUCAUUUUUCUUGCCAUAAUUAUAAUAUAGAACAGAGAAGUUCAUGACAGGAAGAUUCUAUCGGGAGAUCCAUGCUGAACCAAUUGUUGGAUUGUCAUGCAGGCAUGCCAAACUUUUUCAGAAGUCUAUUAUUCUUCCUGGCUACUCUCUGAAAACUUCUAUUGAGGGAAAAUAAAGAUGACUAAUAUUGUGUUGGUGGGAUUGGUGUGAGAGGACAUAUUAUUAGCAAACUCAUGGGGAGUUUCCAGAUCGACGCUAGGAGCAGCUGAGGAGGGAAUGAGUUUGAAACCAUCUAUGGUUUAUGUUUGGAGUGGUAAUAAUGACCAAAAAUAACUUAUAUUUUGAGUAAGCCAACAAAUGGAUAUAAUAUAUGAUCAAAAUCUAAUCAUAUUCCAUGAUAGACAAUGCAGGAGGCUUACAUUUAC